GAGGCGGUAAAGAACCCGAACCGGCCGCCAUUAAAGUGGCAAGAAGAAGAAGAAGAAGAAACCAACACAUCGGUGUUGUUCGGCCACACUUUAGCUUUGAACUGUGGACUUUCCGCUGAAGAAUAUAUACGUUUAUAUCAGUUCACCGACUGCUUGUGAAGUUAUGAUACUAAAACAAAAGGCAGCGUAGAGUUAACCGAUGAGUUUCCGUCCGGAAGUCGGAUUGUUUUGGUGCAUUAGCCCGUUAACUCGGUAGCUAGCUUAGAUAGCUAACGUUAGCUGCCCUGUCCGAGCUGCGUUAGCUGCGUCUCGGUGAGGGAAUGGGGCCGACGCGGGGCCGACCCCCCAUGGGACCGCCGGGCGAAGACGGACCUCCAUUCGACAUGGGUCCACCGGGCUGGUGUCCUCCUCCGCCGGGAGGCUGGGGCCCUCCGCCCCCUGAUGGAUGGCCGCCGCCGCCCGAUGAAUGGGGGCCACCGCCGCCCGGAGGGUGGGGGCCUCCGCCGCCUGGAGGAUGGGGGCCACCGCCGCCUGGAGGAUGGGGCCCGAGAGGGCCUCCACCGCCCGACUGGGGACCAAGAGGACCACCGCCACCGGGCUGGGGGCCUCAUCCAGACGACUGGCUGCCUCCUCCAGACUGGGGUCGUCACCCCGAAGACUGGAGACCCCCUCACCCCGACGACUGGAGACCCCCUCACCCCGACGACUGGAGACCUCCUCACCCCGACGACUGGAGACCUCCUCACCCUGACGACUGGAGACUUCACCCCGAUGACUGGAGACCUCCCCCUGAAGCCUGGGGACCCCCUGGCUGGGGUCCGGAAGGUCUCCCUGAGCCGUGGGGACCCGAGCCAGGUCCACCCGGACCUCUACCACCUGUCCCCCCGCCUCCUCCUCUCGGGAUUCCUCCCCCGGACCCCGCAGCCUUCGGACCGGUGCCCAUACCUCCUAUCCCCCCUCCAGCCUGCGUCCCCCCGAUGGGGUUCCCGGUGUACCCUCCUCCUGGCUGGACAGCAGAGACCAUCGUAGAGGAGCCGAUGCCGAACCCGCCGCCGGACCAGCCCGAGUGGAUUAAAGCGUUGAUUUCAGCUCCGGCCUCUGAGUCGACUCCGGGCGAAACAAAAAAAUCCACCGAGGAGCCCGCUGUGGCUACAACACCUGCGGCUGACCCCGCCGCGGCCCCGAAACCGAAACCUAAACCUAAACAUGACCCCGUCAAGACCGCCAAAGCGCUCGGCCUGCUGGGAAAACGCACAUUUGAUAAGCCUCCUCCGGGCAGGUCGACGGGGAUCAUCUCAUUCAUCGGGCCGACCUUCGGCUACAUCGAGAGAGAAGAUCUGGAGAAGUUCACCUUCAGCUUCGCCGCCUUCUUUGGAAACCCCAAAGCCAUGACGCCCGGGGUCAGAGUUCACUUCACCGCCUGCAAGGAGAAGCAGAACAGUCUGAUAGCGACAGAUGUGAAAGUGGCUCCAGGUGGAACGGAGAACGUGGACACGGAGAUCUACGAGGCGGUGGUCAGUCAGCCCAUCACGGAGCCUCAGCCCGGCGAGCGUCAGUACCCCGGUCAGGUUCACGUGGACAUCGGGCCGCUGAGGACCAACCUGACGUUCGACAGGAAGGACAGCACGGUGACGCUGCUGAAGAACGACCAGGUGCUCAUCAACCUGCUGACCGACAUCGUCACCGAGAAGAGAAGAGCCACCAACAUCAAACCCAAAAUCCCUUCGACCUUCAGCCACACCAAGGAGGCCAGGGAGACGGGCGUCAUCAUCAGCCUGAACGAUGGCGAAGGUGUCAUCAAGUCGGACGAACACGGUGAGCUUCCCUUCGACGCCAAAGAGAACUUCAGCGACAUCGAGUUCAACGCUGAGGACAUCAACGAGGAGGUCGAGUUCACCGCCAUCACGCUGAGAGGGGGUAAGCGGGCGAUCAGGAUCCGGCGGGUGAAGGAGCCCCUCCUCCUGACGCUCUGCGCCGCCACCGCCGCCAUCGCCGCCGCCGAGGAGGCCGACUCCCAAAACACAGACGACGACAGUGACGAGGACUCUUGCAAGUCGCUGAAAGGGAAGGCUAACGUCAAGCUGGAGCCGGGUCCCAACAUGAAGCUGGACCCGGAGCUGUACGAGGGCAUCGUCAGCCAGCCAAUCAUCGAGCCCACGCCGACCAUGCAGGGUUACCCGGGUCAGAUCCACGCCAACAUCGGCCCCAUCAGGACCAACGUGACCUUCGACCACCGGGACUGCGGCGUCACGCUGCUGAAGAACGACCACGUAUUGAUCAACCUGCUGGUCGACAUGGUGACCAGGAAGAGGAGAGCGGCCAACAUCAAACCCAAAAUCCCCUUCACCUUCAGCUACACCAAAGAGAAGAGAGAGCUGGGCAUCAUCACCUGUCUGGGAGCUGAAGAAGGCAUCGUGAACUCCGAGGAGCACGGCGAGCUUCCCUUCGACAUCUGUGAGAACUUCAGCGACACAGAGUUCAACACCACAGACAUCCACAAGGAGGUGGAGUUUACGGUGGCCAUGGUGAAAUCUGAGAAGAGAGCGAUCAGGCUAAUGAGGACAAAGAGGGUUGAGGACCAAAUCCUAGAGGAGCAGAAGAAACGGGAGGAGGAGGAGAGGAGGAAGAAACGGGAGGAGCAGGAGAGGAGGAAACAAGAAGUGGAGGAGAGGAAGAGGAGGGAGGAGGAGGUGGAGGAGCGAGAGAAAGAGGCAGAGAGGAAGAAGAAGGAGGAGGUGGCGGCGGCGCUGGCAGCGGCCAAAUGCAAAUGGACGCCGCUCGGCUUCAAAAUAAGAGACCCCGAGACGCUGGACGACAUCAGCAAGGAGCGAUUUGAAGGCACCGUCCUCAAAGCCAUUUCCAAAAACGUAAAAAAGAUCAAGAAGGAGCCGGAGGAGGAUCAAGGAGGAGGUGCUGAGGGCGGACAAAUUCUCCUCAGACAGGUCAAAAUAGAGAAAAUGGAUGAAGAUGAGAAGGAAGAGGCGGAAGGAAAACCUGAAGGAGAGGGAGGAAAGACGGAGGUGAAAAAGGAGGAGGUGAAGAAGAAUCAGUUGGCUGGAGCUGAAGCAGGGGGCAGGGCCAAACCAGACCCAGAGAUGGGUCGACUGGUGAUGACCAUCGACGGUCAACAGAAACAGCUUCCCUUCGGUCCCAACGACCUUCUGACCACCGCCACCAUGCUGGAUGGAGACAAGGUACGUUUCAACAUCGUCACCCAUCGGGAGACCAAAGAGGAACGAGCGACCUACGUGGAAAUCCUCCCCGACUCCUUCGAAGAGUCCAUCGAACAACGUCGACACGGCAUCGUGAUCGAGUUCUUGGAAGACUCUGGGCUCAUCAAGUGCACUCAGAACCCGCAACUCUACUUCCACAUGUCAGAGGUGAUAGAGAAGAAGAAACUGGAGCUGAACGAGAAGGUCGAGUUCAGCGUCGUCCCGCAUGAAACGGCAGAAGGGGGGAACCAGGCCAUCCGAAUAAAACGUUUCACCGAGAGCGUUUUCCUCCCCGUUCGUAAAUUAGGUGGUGUCGGUGGAAACAAAGGAAAGAUGACCAUCAAGCUGACAAAAGCUUUAGAAGCCAUUGAGAAAGAAAAACCAGAGACAGACAAGCUGAAGGCGGUGGUGAAAAAUCUUAGAACGCAGGACAGCAAGACCAGUAGAAGGGAUUACAGUGCCACUCGGCGUAGAUAUGGCCGCAGCAGAAGUAAAAGCAGGAGUCCGAGUAGGAAUAGGGCCAGGAGUAGGAGUAAAAGUAGGAGCAAGAGUCCGCCCAGAGAUCAGUUUGGACGUAUCAUCAAAAGGAGACGCAGCACUAGCGUUGACCGUGACCGUAAAAGCAGCAGGAACAGGCGAAGCCGAAGCCGAGAGAAGUCAAACAGACGCACCAAAAGCCCCACUAAGAGCCACAGCAGGAGUCACAGCCAAAGCCGAAGCAAGAGCUCCAGCCGGAGCCGGAGCAGGAGCAGGGAGAGAAGCAAGGACCGGGCCGGCAAGAAGAGGAGCAAAAUCAGCCGAGAGCUCGAAGAAAGUCACAAGAGGAGGAGGGAGUUGAGCCCUCCUCCCAGACGUGUUGGAGUCAUGGACGAUGAACUGGCAAGGAAGAAGCGGGAGCUGGAGGAGCUGAAUGAGAUGAUUGCCUACAAAAAGUCAAUGGUGGACCCCCGAGGACUGGACCCUGGACAGAGGACCUGCAUAGACUACGACCAUGGCAGGAUCGCCGUCCCACUUACUGAGUACAAACCAGUCCGGUCCAUCUUGAAGAAACGACCAGAGGGACCCGAGUACCACCAUCGUCUUCCUCAACCCUAUGACGAUCCUUAUUAUGACCGGCCAUACAGUCCUUACCAAGAUCGGCGAUACAGUGACCGCUACAGUGAUCCGUACACCAGCCGUCCCUACCCUGAUCGCCCUUUUGGUGACCGUCCCUACGGUGACCGCCCUUAUGAAAAUCGUCUUUAUGGUGAAGCUCCCUAUGUUGGCCCUGCGUCUGCCAGCCAACGUUACACUGAUCGCUAUGAUGUUUAUGAUGAACCCUAUGACGAUCGCUACUAUGACCCAGCAUGUGCCGACCAACCUUACGAUGAUCCGUAUCGGCCUGUCAAACGGAGCCAGUCUCCAGAACUCCACGGUCCCUCACCUUCUCAGUCUGGCCAAGUUCCUGCUGCCUCCACCCAACCUCCACAGACACAUACUGUUGCCACUUCAGCUUCCCAACCCCCUUUCAGACCUCCUUCUCCCACAGAACCACCUCCGAGAAGCCCUUCUCCCAAACUGAAGAACACAACGCCACGGCAGUCACCUCCAGCUGAGAAACCACCCCUUGAUCGCUUCCUUGAUAUGCUUAAUAAAAAGGUGGAUGCUGAAAAGAAAUUAGAACCGGUUUAUGUGAAUGAUGACCUUCUGCCUCAUGAGCGGGCACUUCAGGAUGGCAGGGGUUUCUCUCGGAUUGUGGGAUUGGCUCAAGAGCAACCCACCAGCAGUCUAGCUCUAGAAGGGGAAAAGAACCAACUAAGCUCUAAACGGUCCUCAGUAGAGAGAAUAAGCGAGGAACCAAAGAGCAAGACAGAACCCUACGACAAGAUCCAGAGUCUACUCCGUACGAUUGGCCUGAAGCUGAGUACAGGAGAUGUGUCCAAACUGGCAAGUCGAGCCCAAGAAAAAAUCUAUAGCCCAAAGUCCUCAUCCACAGAAAGAGAGACUUUGUCAUCCCCAAGGGAAGAACUGCAUACAAGUAGAACCGGUUCUGUUGAAUCGGAUCACAUCCAUUCCCCCUCCCCUGCCAGGUCCUCCAGUUUGGAGCCGCUCAGCAGACAUAAAACUGUCUCGGAGUAUGAAGGAUUCCUGGACCAGCAAGAGUUGGAGGCACUAAAGAAGGCGCAACAGCUGCAGAGUCUUACCAAGACAAUGGGGAGUACUCCCUCCACCACUCCUGUGAAACCACCUCCUGGGCCGCCUCCUUCUCAGUACCAACAUCCACCCCCAACAAUCAACUGGCCCCUUGGUGUCACUACCCAGAUUCCCCAAGCACAGAGCUCCACAACCCCUAGCAUGGGCACUCCAGCUCUUCCUACAGCUGGUCAACCACCCCAGAGAUUUGGACCUACUGCGGGACCUCCCCCUGGACCUCCUCCUGGGCCUCCUCCACGGCGUCCUGGACAGUCUCCUCCAGGACCCCCUCCUGGACCUCCUCCGCGGCGUCCUGGACAGCCUCCUCCAGGACCCCCUCCUGGACCUCCUCCCCGGCGUCCUCCCGGACAACCUCCUUUCACUCCACCCUCCAGUCAUGUAGUCUUUCCUUUUAUUGGCCAGCCUCCUGCAGCUCCACUUGUUGACUCCUCCAGUCCUUCGCAGCCUUUAACCACUGCUGCAGUAACACCGACACCACCAUCAUCAUCACCGGAAACAUUGAGUCCUACACACGAUGACCACUCAACCAUCUCUACGACAGUGGCCAGAUGCCUGAAGGUCAUUGAGACGGUGAAAUCUCUGGCUGUGCAGCCACCAGCCAAACCAGUCAAAACAGUGCAGUUCAGUUUACCCACAGAGUCUCCAUCACACUCCAGUUCUCAGACCUCAGCAGAGACAGACGAUGACAUAAAGACCAAGCAGAAGGAGAAGCUGGAUUUGUAUAACCAGAGGAUUUUGGAAAAGCGGGAGCAGCAGUACAAGGAGAUGCUAGCCCGCAGGAAAGCAGAGAAGAACAAGGAUGGCACAUUGAUCCCCCCAGGUUCCGGCCAAGAUGCAGCUCAGGAUGACUCGAGGACUUAGCGGGUGGACUGAACAGAAACAUCAGGCCCGUCUGCUCGUUCAGGAAUCUCUGACUCGUCCACAAAAAUGUAGAGAAAUUUGAAAAUCCAUCUCUGUCCUUCUGUUUUGGCUUCCCGUCCACAGCGCUGCCAGCACCACCGAAAACCUCCGGACUCAUCGGGGCACCAACGGCUCAUAAAACAAAUAUAAAAUGUCCUAAUGAUCUCAAUCUCUGUAUAUCUUUUUGUACAGUAAAAUAUAUACAUGUAUUUAUUAUGUGACUUGCUGGGGCCUCCGCCUGCAGUGUGUACAGUUUUUCUAAGCUGAAAACUACCUGGCAGAAAUGAAUUUAGGAAUAUGCAACAUAAAAGCACAAAACUGAAAUAGUGAGUAUAAUAAUAGUGAAACUAGACUCUGACACAGGGACCCGAGGCCCUUGUGCUUUAGUACUGCCUGUUCGAAUGAGCGCAGCCCAGAAACACAGUAAGUCUGGAGCUUUCGGAGCUCCUGGAGUUCUGGGCCCCGGGUCAGUUGCCCACUCUGCCCCGUUAGUAGUCCAGCCUUGGGCAUACUGCACUUCUUUGGCUCGUGAGCCUUUAAAGUGAAGCAGUCCUUCAGUUUAACCCCAGCACCGUUCUUUCUUACGUUUUGAUAAAAGUGAAAUCGUCCUGUAUUUCACAAGAAAAAAUUAAAGACUAGAAAAAAUCUUUAAUUUUAAAACUUGUAACACAACAUUGUGUAAAAACUGAAGUUGGACAUAUUUAUUUCUUUACUACGGUGUGUUUACUUUAUUGUCCUCCGAGAGGAAGUUAUAUUUGUACAUAAAGAACAGAAGUCCAAACACAGUGUCGAUGUUUUCUAUAAUUUUACUGAGACUGUAUUAAAGAGUCAGUUCACCCAAAAUAUAAAGAUUAUUACUUAUAUAUGUCCAAGAGAUUUCUGCCUCCCCCCCAAAACAAUGGCGGUGAAAGUGCUGCUCAGCUUUGAAAAAUGACUUUUACAACAGAAACGUCUCUUUCCAUGAGGCCACCGCGUGAUCCACGAGUCGCAGUAGGGACCGUUUUCACUACGGAAGAAUCGAUCUCUGCGCACGCUGUCGACAGACACUCGUCUCAAAACCUGGAUGAAUAAAAUCUAAUAAACUAUUUGCAGAUCCGCGUGGACUUGGGUGAGCUGACUCUUUCAGGCUGCUGAUCAGCCUGAUUAAAGUCCGUCCACAGUGGAUGAUGCACUAUUGUGGAAUAAUUUCAGUCCACUAAAGAUGGUAAAAUAAUGGUGACCAAACGCUGAACACCCUGACGAGCGGACCGUGCUGCUGUGCGUCAUGUUGCUGAUGUUCACACUGGAUUAGCUGUACACACUGCACGCCACUGUAUGUGGACAGCUGAGCAGGUGUGACGGUGUAACGUGCGGCUGCGACACCAUGUUGUUGAACCUGCUGCUCCACUGUGCUGGGGUCAGUCUGUCCUCCAGAUGUUGAACCAGCUGCAGGGAUUCGCUCCCACUCAGCCUGCAGAGCAUCGGUGAGGUCCGAGCUGAUGUUGGUGAUGAGGGCGAGUCCUGCUGGAACAGAACUAGUUCACUUCGGUGGCUGGAAAGCCUCCACUUCUCCCAGAAAAGGGCAGCGGUGGAAAGAAACCAAGUACAUUACUUGAGUAAAGUACAAGUACUUAAGUAUCUGUUCAUUUCUUCUUCUACUCCACUACAUUUAUUCGACAGUUUAGUUACUUUACAAAUCAAGAUUUUACAUACAAAACAAUAAUGAUCAUCUUAUAAAAUGAUGCACUGAGAUUAAACAACAGUAUAUAAAGUACUAAAUUAGUUCCACCUCGAGCAGCGACAACAUGCUCUAACAUAUACUCUAAAGGGGCCGUUCUGCAUAACUAGGACUUUUACUUACAUUUUGUUAAUAACACUGCUGUAACAUUUUGAAUGCUUGUACUUGACUGAUUUUACCGAGAGACACUGCUACUUGUACUGAAGUAGAAGAUCUGUAGACUUCUGGCAAAGUGGAGGCUGUUGGAGUGUCUGAUUAAUGCUCGCUUUGGAAUCACACAUUUGACUGUCCACAUACUUUUGGCCAUGUGUACGUCAGGUGCAUUCAGACCUGAGGUCCUCACGGUUAUCAGGAGACACUGAGAAAAGAUGUAAAUGCUUUUCAACUGUGAUGCACUAAAAUCUGUUUUUUUUAUUCAAUAAAAAUUCUCUAAAAUGAA